AUGUGUGUUAUAUUGUCAAUUCCUAAAUUUGAACUUGCCAAAUAUCCUGGAAUUGAUUUUCAAAAAGACUUAGUAGCAGAAAUUGUCAAAAUUGAAGAGAAAGCUGCAGUAUUUUAUGAGGAAUGUUUUAAUUAUAACAUCAAUCGUGCUAGAUUGAUUGCUGAAGCUGGAAAAUACCCAAGUUGCAUUAAUUACAGCAAUGCUGUGGCAGAGUUUGAUGAGAGAUUUUUAAAAAAAUUAAAACUGUCUCUUAUUAAAGGUCGUGAUUACCUCAUUGCACUUCAUGACGUCAUUACUAAAAAUGAGAAUUUCAUAAAAUGUCCACACUGUUUAAUUAAAUAA